AUGGAGACUGCUCUGUACUGGCUGCAUGUCGGGACGAAGAGGGCACAGGCCGCGGCGGGCAAACGUAAACGGGCACACAACAGAACACGUCCACCAACGGCCGCGGGUGUGACGCUACUGGAGAGUGAAGCUGCCUCGCCCCAAUCGAUAGGUGCACCCUCCCCGCCGCCCCGGCCCCUCCUGGCCAGCCCCCACCCCCGCACAACAGGAUCAAGAUUUAUGAAUUGGGCAUACGUCGAAUGCGGAGUUUACGAGACAGUUUGGACGCGGCGCAGGCUAGCAGCGAACGGACGCCGGAAGACGUUAACCUUAAAAGAGCUUGACACGGAAGCGGGUGCUUGGGGAGCA